UGUCGCUUUAAGGCGCCCUCCCAAAAUGGCUCCCCGGAUCCAUUCAGGCCGCCAUUUCACGCCCAGCGGCUCGGAAGCCAAUCCCCAGGAAGGUCUGGCUUUUGAGCAAAUCUUCAGGGAGCCUGAGACGGGUUCUGAGGAACAUAAGGAGAGAUAAAGAGAGGAGAGGGAGAGGGGAAAAGGCGGAAGUCCAUCAAAAUGUAAAGCUUCCGCGUUCUCCAGAGCAAGAGGCUCAAAGUAGCCUCCCAGAAAGAUAAACAGAAGAUUCCAACAUGGUUGAAAACUCUCCAGCUCCGUUGCCUGAAAGAGCUAUAUACGGCUUUGUUCUUUACUUAGGCUCGCAGUUUGUCUUUAUUCUCUACCUUGUGUGGGCCUAUGUACCAGACUCCUGGCUCUUUUCAUUAGGAUUAACCUACUGGCCUCAAAAGUACUGGGCUGUGGCUGUGCCUGCAUAUCUUUUAGUCAGUACUGGAAUCGGUUAUGUACUUCUCUUUGGUAUUAAUAUGAUAAGUACAGCCCCACUGAAUUCCACACAUACCAUUACAGACCACUAUGCAAAAAAUCAGAAACAUAAGGAACCACAGACAGAUGCUAUCCCUGCAUUAAGAGAUAUCCCUAUCAGUGAAGUAAAUAAAAUGUUUUUCCUGACUGACCGAGAUUGUCCUAGAAACUGAUGAAAGGAAAUGCUGUCUGUUCAAGCACAUCCAUUUGAAAAAGAAGUCUCAGUUUUGUAAUUGAAAACAAACUUGAUGUAGUGCCAAAAUGGUUGACUUGAAAGUAUGUAAAAGUAGCUAUGGAGUAAUGGUGCAAUAUUUGCAGGAAUUUUUUCAAAGGAUGAACAUUCUCUCUCUUCGUAUACCAUUGCUGCUCAUCAUUUGCCCAUGCUGGAACUGGAGAGAUCCAGAUAUAAGUUCCUAGUGAAAAAAGUAAAAGGAAUUUGAAAUAUUCAGUAGGGCUGACUGUAGAAGAAGCAAAGUCUCAUUAUGUAUUUCAAAAAUGGGCUUUAUUCCAAAAACAUUCCUGUACAUUUCAUUCAGAACUUGUUUCAGUGGCCUUCAAAGGCUGGCAAAAAUGGUGACAAACAGCACAUAGUUACAGACAAAAUUUACAUCAACUUCUUACAAACUUCAUGCUAAACAUGCAUUAAAUUAGCUUACACGUGAAAUUUAAAUUCCGUCAACCAAAAAAAAUGCAUAUGACAUUAAAAGGGAAAUUCAUUUAAUUUUGAAACUUGGAACUCAUGUUCUUUAGGGCUGUAAUGGCAAUGCGGCAUUAGUUCCUUUGCAUUAGACUUCCAGUUUGCAUACAUUCUAUGUAUUAGUAUUCUCGUGUUAAGCUGCUAUGAUUAUUGCCUUGAUACACAGAAAGAAAAUCUUUUUUAAAAACUUCCCGUUGCCAUUAUGUAUUCUGCUUUGUUCUAAACAGAAGAAAGGUGAGCUGUAAAUGAAAAUAAUAAUAAAUUGAGAGUGGAAUUAACCUCAUUGAACUGCUAAUAUGUACUCCUGAAGGUGAAUUUUAUACAGAUGGGUUGGUGCUAUGAGAUUAAACUUUUUUCUCUGUGAUGCACUCUUCACACUUACAUAGCAAUGUAUUCCUUAGGUUUAUGACUGGCAGCCAGGUUGGAUCUUGAGCCCUUUGGCAAUGCAUAACAUAGUGCAUUAAGAUUGAGAAAGCAAGGCAGGAAAAAGGUUUGCUGUGCAAGUUCCAAAUUACGUCAAGGUCUCUUUGCAGGCUCAAACUCCAACAGGGAAAUUUAUAUUUGUGGAUAUGGGCAUACAUUUAUAUAUUAUGUUAUUUCUUGUUUAUACAGUAUUUUAGCUUAAGUGGGAUUUUCUUUGCUUAUCAGGAAUUUAUUUAUUGGGGUUGGAAAUCCAUGUGCUUUUUGGUUGAUGUCAAUACUGCAAAUGUGGUGUCUGUUCCACCUGAACAGGGCUGCAAUAUUUGUUUUAUAGUCAUUUUUUGUAAAUAGAAGGUGAAUCACAUUGAUACAUUAAAUAAAAACAUGCUUUCCUGGUUUAGAA